ACCCAACCCAAACCCAAACCCAAACCCAAACCCAAACCCAAACCCAAACCCAAACCCAAACCCAAACCCAAACCCAAACCCAAACCCAAACCCAAACCCAAACCCAAACCCAAACCCAAACCCAAACCCAAACCCAAACCCAAACCCAAACCCAAACCCAAACCCAAACCCAAACCCAAACCCAAACCCAAACCCAAACCCAAACCCAAACCCAAACCCAAACCCAAACCCAAACCCAAACCCAAACCCAAACCCAAACCCAAACCCAAACCCAAACCCAAACCCAAACCCAAACCCAAACCCAAACCCAAACCCAAACCCAAACCCAAACCCAAACCCAAACCCAAACCCAAACCCAAACCCAAACCCAAACCCAAACCCAAACCCAAACCCAAACCCAAACCCAAACCCAAACCCAAACCCAAACCCACGACUAAGACCUACCUGCCAGAAAUCAUGCGUUCAAAAUCUCUCUUGAUCGCUAUCUUCUUGCUUUUGUGUUUGAUCUUCACAGCUCAAUCUUCAUUUGCUGCUGAAGAACAAUCAAACCCUCUCAAACAAGAACUUUCCCGCCUUUUAAAAUUAAAAAAACAACUCAAAACCAAGUGGAACCCUAGCCGUUAUUUGAAUGAGCGUAUUUUGCGUAUUGCCAAGAGAUUUAGAAUUGCCAUUCCUCAACGUUGCAAGAGACGUGUUAUUAUUGAUGAUGAAGUAGUUGAUACUAUUAGAAAAUUGGCCGAGUGUGAUCGUGAUACUAAACCUGAAUUGCCAACCAAUCCUUCCACUCCAUCAAAUCCAUCUACACCAACAACACCAUCUAAUCCAAGUACUCCAACAAAUCCUUCCACUCCAACAACACCACAAGAACCUACAAAUCCUUCUGUUCCUACUGUUCCUUCCACUCCAACAACACCAUCAACACCAUCCAAUCCAAGUACUCCAACCACUCCAUCAAAUCCAACUACUCCAUCUACUCCAACUCUUCCAAAAUGUCCAAAGAGACUCACUUGUAGAUUGUUGUGUAAGAAUGGAUAUUAUUACGAUUCAAAUGGAUGUGUUGAUACUUGUCGUUGUAAGCCAUCUUCUUGUCCACAAUUCAGAUGUUUGAGAGCUUGUCCAUAUGGAUAUAAGGUUAAUGCUCGUGGAUGUACCACUUGUGAUUGUAAGCCAAAACCUUCCACUCCAACUAAACCAACUAAACCAACCUUUGAAUGUCCAAAGCGUAAAUGUGCUCGUUUGUGUGCCCAUGGCUAUAAGACUGAUAGAAGAGGAUGUCAAACUUGUUCUUGUGUUAGAAAGCCAGUCAGACCAACACCAGUUAGACCAACUCCUGUUAGACCAACACCAGUCAGACCAACACCUCCAGUUAGACCACCAGUUAUUGUCACACCAACACCUGUUAGACCAACUCCAGUUGUCACACCAACACCUGUCAGACCAACACCUCCUCCAGUGAGACCACCAGUUGUUGUCAGACCACCAGUUGUCAGACCAAGACGUAGAAGAAGACGUUUCUUCGGAAGAGGUAGAGGUGACCCACAUUACAGUUUGUUGCAUGCCAGCAAUGCUGCCCAUAAGGAUGUACUUUUUAAUGGAUUGGGUGAUUAUAUUUUAGCUGAAACUGUUGAUAAGGAAUUUAUUGCUCAUGUCAGAAUUGGCAAGUGGCAUAAGAAGGCUACUGUUAAUAUUGGUGCUGCCAUCAAGCUUGGAACUGAUGUUAUUGAAUUCGAUUCUAAGGAUGGUCAAUUCUACCUUAAUAAGGAAGAAGCUGAAUUCAAGAUUGGAAAGAAAUAUGAACUUGAAGGAGGUUCUCUUAUUAGAAAGAGUGAAAAUAGAUUUAUUAUCAAGUCCGUUGAUGGAGUUGAAUUCUUUGGUGAAAGAUUCACUCUCCACGAUGGAAAGAGUUACAUGGAUGUCCAAGUUGAUUCUCCAAAGGAUGUUGAAUUCAGACGUGGUUUGAUUAUCAAUGGUAAGGGCAGACAAGGAAAGGGUCUUUUCAGAGUUUUAAAGGCUGCUAAGGUUAAUAAGAACGCUGUUGCUGUUGUUGAAAUUCCAAAGUGGGCCAAGAAGGCUUGUGCUAAGCAAGGAUUGACUGGAAAGAAACUCAAGGAUUGUGCCUAUGAUAUUACCGUUACAGGUAAGGAAUUCGCCAAGGAAAUUGCCAAGGAUGAAGCCAAGUUUGCCAAGAAGAGUAGAAAGGUUUUAAAGGCUGUUUCUAAGAAGAAAUAAAUAGAUCCUUUUCAUUU